CUGCACCCAUGUACCAAUCGUCUCAAUGCGAGAGAGAUUCUUCUCCUCAAGAUUCGUGUCCAAAAUGCAGCCAUCUCGCCAUGAUCAGCUCCUCCUCCUCCCGCUGCUGCUGCUGCUCGGGGUGUUCAUCGCGACGAGCUCCGCGGCGGCGCCGGUGUCGAGGACGAUCACCGUCGAUCACCAAGGCGGCGGCGACUUCACGCUCGUCCAGUCGGCGGUGAACUCCGUGCCCGACGGCAACCGCGACUGGAUCAAAAUCCAUGUCAAUGCAGGAAGCUACGAGGAGAAGGUUACCAUCCCGAGUCAGAAACAAUUCAUAGUGCUGGAAGGGGAUGGGUCUUGGAAUACCGAGAUCACCUUUGCCGGUCACGCUCACGCCAGCAUCGACGAGCUGUUGAACCACGGCUACAGCGACGUCGGCGGCUCGGCGACGUUCGACAGCUCCACCUUCAUCGUCCUCGCCGACAACUUCGUCGCUCGCAGCAUCUCCUUCAGGAACACUUAUAACAAGUACGACAAGAGCAAGCCCGUCCAGGCGGUUGCGGCGCUCAUCGGCGGCGACCGGAGCGCCUUCUACGACUGCGCUUUCUACGGUUUCCAGGACACGCUGUGCGACCUCAAGGGCCGCCACUACUUCCACCACUGCUACGUCAGGGGCGGCGUCGACUUCAUCUUCGGCUACGGGCAGUCCAUCUACGACAACUGCACGCUGGAGUCCAACAUGCCGCCGCCGCCGUCGCCGCAGCAGCCGGGGUGGGUGACGGCGCACGCCCGGGUCACCGACGCCGACCCCGGUGGGCUGGUGUUCAAGGGCGGCUCGCUGCUGGGCUCCGGGCAGCAGUACCUCGGGCGCGCGUGGAACCAGUUCGCCACCGUGGUGUUCUACCAGGUGUCCAUGACCAACAUCGUCGUGCCCCAAGGAUGGCAGCCCUGGAACUCCCCCAAUGUGUCGACCAUCACAUUUGCAGAGGCUGGGUGUGAAGGGCCAGGAGCCAACAAAACAGGGAGAGUGGCAUGGGAGAAGCAGCUGGACGAUGAUCAGGUGCACAAGUUUGUGGACAUCAGCUUCAUCGACGACGGCUGGCUGUCCCAGCAACCGCAGGUUUAGCCGACAACAACAUGCCAUGGAUGAAAAAUAUCACAAGCAUUUUAUAUUAUAGGCAAAACAGAAGUUCAGAAGUAGACUGUAUAACACUUCAAUAGGUGGGCUCCACUUGUCAGUAGCACCAAGACAUUCCACAUUGUUGAUCCAGAUGUAUGCAUGGUUGUUUUGCCCCAAGGUUGAUAUAUGAAUGUUCAAAGUAA